CUGCCAAUAGACUCAGGUUUCUACUCUGUGAUUCAGAGAAAGAGAGAACGAAAAUGAACCCAUCACUCUCUCCAUUUUUAACUACUCUAGCUAUCCUAUUCUUCGCGUCUAAUCUCUGCAACGCAUUGUAUGGACCAUCGUCUCCUGUAGUCCAGCUAAACCCCUCCAACUUUAAGUCCAAGGUCCUGAACUCAAAUGGAGUUGUUUUGGUUGAGUUCUUUGCCCCUUGGUGUGGGCAUUGUCAAUCUCUUGCACCCACAUGGGAGAAGGCAGCUACUGUCUUGAAAGGCGUUGCAACUGUGGCAGCUCUUGAUGCUGAUGCACACAAAUCACUUGCUCAGGAAUAUGGUAUUAAGGGUUUUCCUACCAUAAAGGUGUUUGCACCUGGGAAGCCUCCAGUAGAUUAUCAAGGAAAUAGGGAUGUCAAACCUAUUGCUGAAUUUGCUUUACAGCAGAUAAAGGCACUUUUGAAGGAGCGCCUUAGUGGAAAACCGGCUGGAGGAUCUAGCGAGAAGUCUGAACCUGCAUCAGUUGAAUUGAACUCCCGUAAUUUUGAUGAGUUGGUGCUUAAAAGUAAAGAACUUUGGAUUGUGGAAUUCUUUGCACCUUGGUGUGGACAUUGUAAAAAACUAGCUCCUGAGUGGAAUAAGGCUGCUAAUAACUUGAAGGGCAAGGUGAAGUUGGGUCACGUUGACUGUGAUGCUGAGCAGCCUCUAAUGAGCAGGUUCAAUGUGCAAGGAUUUCCCACUAUCUUGGUUUUCGGUGCUGAUAAAGACUCUCCGUUUCCUUAUGAAGGUGCCAGAACUGCCUCAGCAAUUGAAUCAUUUGCUCUGGAGCAGUUGGAAACCAAUGUUGCACCUCCUGAAGUGACUGAGCUGACUGGCCCAGAUGUAAUGGAAGAGAAGUGCGGUUCAGCUGCCAUCUGUUUUGUUGCUUUCUUACCUGACAUUUUGGACUCCAAGGCAGAAGGAAGGAACAAGUAUCUUGAGCAGUUGUUAUCAGUUGCUGAGAAGUUCAAAAGAAGUCCUUACAGCUAUGUUUGGUCAGCUGCAGGUAAGCAGCCAGAUCUUGAGAAGCAUGUAGGUGUUGGUGGAUAUGGGUAUCCUGCUAUGGUAGCCUGGAAUGUGAAGAAAGGAGCAUAUGCUCCACUUAAAAGUGCAUUUGAGCUUGAACAUAUCAUAGAGUUUGUCAAGGAAGCCGGUCGUGGUGGAAAGGGAAAUCUGGCUUUGGAGGGUACACCAAAAUUAGUUAAGAUUGAACCAUGGGAUGGGAAAGAUGGAGAGAUCACUGAAGAGGAUGAGUUCUCUCUGGAAGAACUAAUGGGAGAAGAUGUUGGAAACAAAGAUGAGAUAUGACACAAGGAGCAUUAGUUGAGGAAGAGAAUGAAACCCAGGCUAUCAUAAGCAAUGUGCCCAUCUUGUUCAAAUAUUAAAUCUUCAUUGCCAUCUUGGAAUUGGGUGCUAUUUAGUCACAGGAACAGUAUUAGAUUAACAGGAAUCAGGUGGUCUCCCUCUUUGUAUUGUUAAAAAGUUACAAAUAAAUAAAUAAACAAAUGUAUACAGUUCUACAUAAAUCCAGUUCUGCUAUAAGGUGUUCUUUUCAACAAAGAAAACAGCUUUACAAAAUAUAUGAGAAAUCUGCAAAUCUA